AUGCCCAAGCACUACAAGGAGAAAGAGAAGGAUUUCUGCACAUGCGCAGGGGUGCGCAAGGACCUGAGGGCUUGCCCGCUGGAGAGCGACUGUGUCAUCCAGGAAGGGAAAAGGCCCAAACUGUGCUUGAAGGAAGGCCAUUGCAAAGGAUUACUAGUUUUGUUUUUUGAAUGCAAAAGAUCAUUGCUCGAUAACAGAGCAAGAUUCAGAGGAAGAAAGGGAUACUGAAGCCUCUCCAUUAUGAAGCACCAAGCAGGGGCAAUCUGGGAUGCACUGACACCUUGAGAUUAAAGAUUGGAAUAA